AUGCCAUACUAUGUCCAUAUAGCAGCGAAGGGCGCUAGCAUUCAUGUCCUCACCACAGUUAACCGGGAAACUGCCGACUAUUUCUACCGACAACUGCAACAGUACACUCCCAUGAAGGUCUUGGGAUACAUUCCAAUCAGAACAACUUACUACUCACCCACAUUAUGGUCCAUCGACCCAACCCACGAGAAUACCAUCUCGUUACUGACCAAUCUCGUCACCGACAUCGACCAGGGCACGAACGAAGAAAUCCCCGAGGCAGCUCAAAAUUACCUGAAAGGCAAACUCUUCAUCAGCCCGCUUACCAGCCAGAUAACUUUCAACCCUACCAAUGCUUCAGACGACAAUGCUUCUGGCAACAUCAACAAUCGAUGCUACUACAUCCGCAACCGAAAUGCACCAGAGUGGUGGUUCGUGCCUCCCAAUAAAGCCAAGGUGAAUGUUUCAACAACGAACCGUUCAAAAUUCCGCAUUCAAAUUUGCCCUGAGACCAGUGAACCUCUGGUCCUAGUCGGUGGAGAUGUUGUCCAGCUCAUGUUGAUAGAACCGGGCAACGCACGCCGGUUUGUGAUCCUUUCCUUUGAAAACCACCAUUUGACGUGCGUCUUAGCCGGCAACGUGGCGACUUCUUUUAAGUUCCACUUCUAUGAACUGAGGAAAGGGGGGUUCAUUGGCUCUACAUCGUUUUCGAAACAAGGCAAUCAUGUGCAGUGGACAUCGACUGACGCUCUGACUCAGGAAGGGCCCGGGGAGGAUUGGAUGCUCGUCGCUUCGGAGGAUGUAGCUUGCUGA